AUGGCGCCCAAAGACAAAGAGCGACUCGAUGGCCCAGGGAAAGGUCGUGGUCGCGGGCGAGGCAAAGGUGGGCGCGGAGCACCGGUUGGUGUGGCUUCAGAUACUGCAAAGAGGCUCCAGGAGCUCGAUGGUGGCUCCGUUGAAGCCGAGUCCAAUUUCGAGAUUCUUCGGGCACAACGGGCGCAAGCUCGAAAGGGGGUCAAGCAGUUCAAGGACAUUCGCGAAAACGAGGGUGUGGAUGAAGACGAUCCACUCAAUAGCAUCGAUGAUGGUAUCCGCCUCGAGCCCUUCAACAUGCGGCGAGAGAUGAGGGAGGGACACUUUGAUGAGAGCGGCUUCUACGUACUCAACAAGGACGAGGAGAAAAAGGUGACGGAUGCAUGGUUGGACACAGUCGACCAGGCAGAACGGACAGCCACCUUCAGAGCAGCAGACAAGCAGAACAAGGCUCUGGAUACAGCAGCAAAUCGUUUGUCGGCAAUGGCCAAAAACCUGGGUCCCGACUCUGAAGGUGAGGAGGAGGACGAUGAAGAUAAAGAUGAUGGAGAGGGAGCAGAGAAGAAGGAGGCAGCGGAAGACUCCAAAAAGACGGCCGAGGAGGAAGCCCAAGAGGACGAGAAAGAUGAAGCCACGAUCAUAGACAUGUUGGAGGAACUGGUUGCUUCCCUCGAGCCCCUGGAGAGUCCUGCCAUGGCGCUGGCGCGUGUGCGCCGCGGUGAGGCAAGGGGGAAGGAGCCGGUGCUCAAGACUCGUGCGCGCAUGCGCAAGGCACGCGCGGAGGCAACCCAGGCGGCCACCCUUUCUUCGAAGGAUGGCGACGCGCGACCCAAGCGAAAAAAGUUCAACGAGUGGGGCUACGAGGAGCCCAGCUCGAUGGACGCGCCGGUGGCACCGGAGGCACAAACUGAGCAGGCCAUUAUGCUCUUAGAGGAGCAAACCGCGUUUGACAGGUCAUCGGCUAAUUUAAAUUCAUCCACAGCGCACAGCGCGCCUGAUUCCAGCAAUGCGAUCGGACACCUCUACCAUGACCCCUGA